AUGGAACAGGACGACUACUUCGGCCAGAACGAGGGCCAAACCACACCUGGUCUUCAACUAGAUUCUGACACAGACAUGGCCGCCUCUGCCUCUGCUUCUGCCUCCUCGUCAGCCAUGCGCUCCGAUUACACCACCACAAAAUCACCUGCCCCUCAAACUAGGAGACAGAGCAGGCUGUCGCGCGGCGCACCUAGACCUAUACUGACUCCCAUGAGCCCUUCCAACUCCUCUCUACCCCACAACCUACUCCAGUCCGCGCCCGCCUCGCCGCCCACUCCUGCACCAAGCCCGACACCCACCGCUAGAGUUCCUGACUGGAGCACCGCACGAGAACAUGAAGACUCGCAGAUCAAGGAUACACGGUCUUUAUUCAGUGACAUGAACCGGGAAGAACGAUUGCGACUACUGGGAGAGUUACUGAACCUGUGCGACAGUCACGAACUCAGCUUCGUUGCCGAGUUCGUUAGUCCGAGGCUGAAAAAGGACCCGUUCAUGGUGCUUCCCACCGAGCUUUGUCUCAGGAUAUUAGAAUGCGUCGAUGAUCCUACAACCCUCGCCCGCGCGUCCCAGGUGUCGAAGAAGUGGCGGGAGCUGGUCAACGAUGACAGUGCCUGGAAACUGUUGUGUCAAAAAUACUCGUAUCGGUCGUUGUCGAAGGAUGAGCGUAGCGAGGAAGAGGAAAUACCAGAAGAGAUGGAUUAUGAUGCUCGGGCUCCGCAGCUGCUACAGCCCCCCCGGGCCUCGAGAUCCGAGGAUGUGUCUUUGAAGGAUCAACUAGAGAGCGCUUCGGUAGCAUCGAGCAGCGGCUCUGAUAACCUUCGCACCCAGAGUCUCGACCGUGCAGCGAAGAGGAGUGCGCCCCGCCGUCGACCAAAAGCAACAACCUAUCGAUCUCAUUUCAAGCAGCGCUAUAUGGUCGAAACUGCAUGGCGUUCAGGCGGCAUCUGCGAACAACGGCAGAUUACACCUGAUCAAGGCGUCGUCACCAGCCUGCAUCUCACUAACAAGUACAUUGUAGUGGCAUUGGACAAUGCUAAGAUUCAUGUCUUCGAUACCAACGGGGAGCACCAGAAGACUUUGUCAGGCCACGUCAUGGGCGUUUGGGCAAUGGUACCAUGGGGUGACCUUCUAGUCAGUGGUGGAUGUGAUCGCGACGUGCGAGUCUGGAAUCUUGCAACAGGCCAACCAGUACACAUAUUGCGCGGCCAUACGUCCACCGUCCGAUGUCUCAAGAUGUCCGACGCCAAUACUGCAAUCUCUGGAUCAAGAGAUACGACUCUAAGGAUAUGGGAUUUGAAGAAGGGCAUCUGCAAACAUGUUCUCGUCGGCCAUCAAGCCAGCGUCAGAUGUCUUGAGAUGCACGGUGAUAUUGUCGUUAGUGGUAGUUACGACACCACCGCCAAAAUCUGGAGCAUCUCGGAAGGGAAAUGUUUACGCACACUCACUGGCCAUUUCAGUCAAAUCUAUGCUAUUGCCUUCGAUGGGAAAAAGAUCGCAACUGGAAGCUUGGACACAAGCGUCCGGAUAUGGGAUCCUACAGAAGGGAGAUGCUUGCACAUUCUUCAAGGUCAUACGUCACUUGUUGGUCAACUACAAAUGCGCGAUGAUACCCUUGUAACCGGCGGAAGUGACGGUAGUGUACGAGUAUGGAAUCUUGUGGAUGGCCAACCCAUACAUCGUUUGGCGGCACACGAUAAUAGCGUUACGUCUUUGCAAUUCGAUAAAAGUCGCAUAGUCAGUGGAGGCUCGGACGGUAGGGUCAAGGUCUGGGAUACCAAGAAAGGAACGCAAGUGCGGGAUUUGAGUACACCUGCAGAUGCGGUCUGGAGAGUCGUUUUCGAAGAGGAAAAGUGUGUGAUCAUGGCUAGCAGAGGGGGCAGGACCAUGAUGGAGGUGUGGUCAUUCUCCCCUCCAGAAGAGGAUGUUUUGGAAGACUUUCGAUCGAAUACUCCAGCCAGUAUGCCAGAUUCCGCCAUGGACUACGAUUCCCGGCCGCAUUCGGCCGCACUACCUUCCACCUUGAAUGUUCUGGCGAACAGCGACGAUGUUACGAUGGCAGACGCGGGCGAUUCUUGCGCAUAA